AGAUGAUGAGGAUGUUACUAGUAGUCUUGGUAUUUGUUACCAUGGCAACUGCGGAGGAGAUAAGACUUGACUCACCGUCCUUCAAACGCUUCAUGGAGAAAUACGACAAACAGUACGAGACAGCUGAUGAGCAUAACCUGAGGUUCUGGACCUACUACAAGAAUAGUAAACUCUGGAAUAAGGAAAACAGACGCCACAAGGAACAGGGAAGUAGUUCAGUGUACGGGGCCACAAAGUUCGCUGAUCUCAGUAAAGAAGAGUUCGCUAAAUUAUAUCUCAACAAGGUGAUGGCAGAUACGGAUGUGGAUGAGGCCCGGACUCUACUCCCUGCUGCAGGGUUCAUGGACACCGCUGAUACUCCUGAUAGUAUUGACUGGAGGGACAAGAACGCGGUAACGCCGGUUAAAAACCAAGGAAUGUGUGGAUCUUGCUGGGCCUUCUCUACUACUGGAAACGUUGAGGGUCAAAACGCUAUACAGACUGGGAACCUCACCUCGCUAAGUGAACAGGAACUGGUCGACUGUGAUCAGGUUGACGAGGGGUGUAACGGAGGAUUACCUUCACAAGCUUACCUGGAGAUAAAGAGGAUUGGAGGACUGGAGCUGGAGACUGAUUACCCUUACACAGGUCACGGGGACACGUGCUCUUUCAAGCAAGGAAAGUCUAAAGUGCAAGUGUCCGGAGGGAUCCAGCUUCCAAAGGACGAGGCUCAGAUUGCUGCUUGGAUUGCCGCUAACGGACCCGUCUCUAUUGGAAUCAACGCCUUCAUGAUGCAGUUCUACAUGGGCGGUAUUGCUCAUCCUUAUUGGUUCCUGUGUCGCCCUGCUAGACUGGAUCACGGUGUCCUGAUAACAGGGUUCGGAGAGGAGGACGGUGUUCCUUACUGGAACAUUAAAAAUAGUUGGGGCACUGGAUGGGGCGAGCAGGGAUACUACAGAAUUUACCGCGGUAGUAACGCAUGCGGAGUUAGCGAGAUGGUAACCAGUGCCACGCUAUAACUGCCCUGACAACAAAAUCACCAUGGAGGAACCAAGUUGAAGCAUGAAAUCAGAAACAUUUAAUAUUUUAAAUAUUGUUCCGUUAUACUUAUAGUUGGGUACUUUCGGACCAGCAAGAGGUUUUGCUGUUGACCAGCGGGACUGAUAUGUUAUUAUUUUUUAAGUGACUUUGAAUAAAUAUAUAUAAACGAUAAUCAAAGUCACUGAUUGAAAUUGGUUGAGCAUCGAGGGGUUUUUAAUUGUUAGUGAGACUGUGAAUUCUUAUACGGUGUAUCUAUGCUUUGUAUGAUUUGUAUUUUUGUAUGAUUUGUAUUUUUGCACAACUUUUUUAUGAUAUUGAUAUCAGAUAUGCAAUAUUCUAUCGUUAUUUAUAUUCAUAUUAUUAAUAAAUAUUCAAUUCUAGAUCCUCAA